UAUGCACGCGUCGUUCCCCUACGAACCUCCGCGGUCGCGCGACUACAGCGUGAGCCGGCGGGGGGACCUGAUGGUGGCGCACCCCCUGGAGCAGGACAUCGGCCUGCACGCCUCGCUCGGCAGCGAUGACAACCAGAUCUCCACCAACAACAUGAUGGCCCAGUGCAACACCUUCUCCAUCCAGAGGCAGAUCCAGGAGGUGCUCAAGGAGGCUGUCGUCUACGACGGGAACACCAACGUAGGGGACGGCGGCGAGUUCAUCGGAGACCUACCCAUGUUAAAAAGCCUCAAACCCAGACUGCACGACGAGAAGGGGACGCUCAUGUCUGGCGGCAACUCCGCAGGGGAUGUCUUCUGCUCGGUGCCCGGCCGCCUGUCGCUGCUCUCGUCCACCUCCAAGUACAAGGUCACCGUCGGCGAGGUCCAGCGGCGGCUGUCCCCGCCAGAGUGCCUCAACGCGUCCCUGCUCGGCGGCGUCCUCCGCAGAGCCAAGUCCAAGAAUGGAGGCAGGUUACUCCGAGAGAGGCUGGACAAGAUCGGCCUCAACCUUCCCGCUGGUCGGAGAAAGGCUGCGAACGUCACCCUGCUGACAUCCCUCGUCGAAGCCAAAUGACCAAAGAGCUGGUGGACCUGCUGAACAAGGACCGGUCGCCGCUGUGCAACACGAGGCCGCCCCUGCUCCUGGACGCCAGCAUACAGCGCCACCUCACCCACUUCUCCCUCAUCUCGCACGGCUUCGGCUCACCCGCCAUGGUCGCCGCGCUGACCGCCUUCCAGAACUACCUGUCCGAGUCCAUCAAGACGCUGGACAAGAGCUUCCCCAGCCAGGGCGCCGGCAGCCUCCCGGACAACAAGCCCAAGGACCUGGCCGGCGGCGACCUCAAGAAGUGAGGCUAGCCGGUGUGGCGGGGGCGGGGAGCAUCGCGACCGCGCGGCGGCAGCAGCAGCACCGCGAUCAGGUGGUCGCCGGCGCGCGCGCCGCCCAGCACUGCGCGGCCCUUCAACUAGGCACCACCAACAAGGGAAGGACCAAGUUACCGAAGCGAGCGGAGCGGCUCCCGGCCGCGGUGGCCUGGCGAGUGUUCGACUCCCGGCCGCGGCCGCAGCUCCAGCUCGCGUCUUCAUCCCCCCGCCUUACCUUCUUGUGAUGGUGUCCGGGCGAGCCACUCCCGGGUGGGUUGGGGAGGGCGGCGCCUCGCGGGGCGAACGGCACGGGCACGGCGCCACCCUGCUUAACCCCCCCCCCCCUCGCGGACCCGGGUUGCGGAAGCUGUAGAUGGAGUACCCCCCCUCUCCCCGACCCCCCAGUCAUAUCAUUGGCAGCUGUAGCCAGCUGUAAGCUGCCGGCCCGGUCCAGCUUCGGCGGCGCGUGAUAUUGUACCUGUACUCGACGUGUUGCACCAGACCCAGCCCUAUGCGCUCAGCGUGCCAAAUCUGUGCCAACACAUGAAACAUCAACAAGUAAAAUUAUUAACACUAUUAUGAUAAUUAUUAAUAUGUUUUAAUGUAAAUUAUCUUUUUGUACAAACAU